CCCGCCCCGCCGGAGGGGCGGGAGGCGGCGCGCGCGGUGACGCGGCCCGGCGCGGGCGCUGCCGAGCAUGGCGGCCAUGAGCGGGUUCCUGCUGCGCGGCCUGCGCGCCGCCCGCCCGCUCCACCGGCACCUCCGCACGGCCGCGCCGCGCCCCGCCUUCGCCAAGGAGCUCUUCCUAGGGACGCUGCGGAAGGAAGAAGUUUUCCCUUAUCCAGAAAUUAGCCGUGAAGAACUAGAGGAGAUCAACCAGUUUGUAGUCCCUGUAGAAAAAUUCUUCAGUGAAGAAGUGGACUCGAAGAAGAUUGAUCAAGAUGCAAAAAUCCCUCCUGAAACUUUAAAAGGACUGAAGGACUUGGGUCUCUUUGGCAUGCAGAUUCCAGAGGAAUAUGGUGGUCUUGGUCUAUCAAAUACCAUGUAUGCGCGUUUGGGAGAAAUCACUUCCUUAGAUGGAUCUAUCGCAGUUACUCUGGCAGCUCAUCAAGCUAUUGGGCUUAAGGGAAUCCUCAUGGCUGGCACUGAUGAACAGAAAGCAAAGUACCUGCCUAGACUGGCAUCUGGGGAGCACAUUGCAGCUUUUUGUCUCACUGAGCCCGGAAGUGGAAGUGAUGCUGCAUCCAUCCAGACAAGGGCAACCCUCAGUGAAGAUGGGAAAUACUUUUUACUAAACGGCUCUAAGGUUUGGAUAUCAAACGGUGGCCUUGCUAAUAUUUUCACAGUGUUUGCUAGGACAGAGGUUGUUGAUAAAGAUGGACAACUAAAAGACAAAAUUACUGCUUUCAUCGUAGAGCGGGAUUUUGGCGGAGUCAGCAAUGGGAAACCUGAGGAUAAGUUAGGCAUUCGAGGAUCCAAUACCUGUGAAGUACAUUUUGAAAACACAAAGGUGCCUAUAGAGAAUGUAAUUGGAGAAGUAGGAGGGGGAUUUAAGGUUGCCAUGAAUAUCCUAAACAGUGGAAGAUUUAGCAUGGGCAGUGCAUCUGCUGGACUGAUUAAAAAGUUGAUAGAAAUGACAGCAGAAUAUGCUUGCACCAGGAAACAAUUCAAUAAGAAUCUGAGCGACUUUGGAUUAAUUCAGGACAAGUUUUGUUUUAUGGCUGUGAGAGCAUAUGUAAUGGAGAGUAUGGCUUACCUCACUGCAGCGAUGAUGGACAGGCCAGGGUUCCCAGACUGCUCCUUGGAGGCAGCCAUGGUUAAGCAUGGUGAUUCACAUCCUGUUCAACGGCAGGUGUUCAGUUCUGAAGGUGCCUGGACUUGCGUAAGUGAAGCACUGCAAAUUCUUGGAGGCCUUGGCUAUAUGAAAGAUUACCCCUAUGAACGCUAUCUCAGAGAUGCCAGGGUACUUCUGAUUUUUGAGGGAACAAAUGAAAUUCUGCGAAUGUUUAUUGCUUUGACGGGUAUGCAACAUGCAGGCAAAAUCUUAACUGACAAAAUCAAAGAAAUCAAGAAAGGAAACGUAGGAGUGGCACUGGGGGAGUUUCUAAACAAAUUACGGGACACGAUGGGCAGAAAAGUGGAUUAUGGGCUAGUUGGUGAUGGUGGAGUGGUGCACCCCAGCCUCCAGGAAAGUGGCAAGAAACUUGAAGAAAACAUUUACUAUUUUGGAACUACAGUGAAAGGCCUGCUAAGUAGGUUUGGCAAGACAAUAGUGGAUGAGCAGUUGGUUCUGAAGAGAGUGGCAGAUAUAGUCAUUAACGUGUAUGCAAUGACAGCGGCUAUUUCCAGAGCCAGCCGCUCCAUCAGCAUUGGUCUAAGAAACCACGACCACGAGGUGCUUCUUACAAAUAUCUUCUGCACGGAAGCGUAUUUCAAGAAUAAUUAUGCCAUGGCUCAAUUACAAAAAUAUGCAGAUGAAAAUCUGGAUGACCACAUUAAAAAAGCUGCAAAGCAGGUCCUGGAGAAGAGAGCGUAUAUCUGCUCUCAUCCCCUGGACAGGACCUUCUGAUUACUGCCCUGCAGCAAAUAGUGAAGAAUGUAAAACGGUGACUAAUUUUCUGCAGUUCAAGUAUUCGAUACGUUAAAAAUAACCACUUCCUGACUUCACCAAAUGUAAUUAGAUGUAACUGUGUAAAAUAAAACUUCUAAACACAA